AUGAAAGAUGCUCGCGCAGUGAAGCGGAGGAAGGUCUCCCCGCAGCCUUCAGAGGAUGAAGACGGAGAUGUCAUGAUGGAAGACGUCGUCGAAACACAUUCCACGGCAAGCUCUCCGGAAAAAGACGCGGACUCGGAAGAAGACCAGGAUUACAGCGGGACCGGGAAAGGCAGUGCGCGCCGACAGAGCAUUCGUCGCGGUAAAAGCGAUGCGCCGAACAACGUGAAAGUCGAGGAAGUCGAGACACCGAGAAGUACGCGAACCAGUGGACGGCAGCGCAGACCACCGCAAAGGUUUGAAGACGUUCAAACCCCAACCUCAACCCGCACGCGAAAAACAACAGCCACUCCUCGAAGUACCCGCCAGACCAGGAGUGUCCAAAAGCCACAACCAGAAUCCGUCGAAGCCUCCGAGACCGAGGCGGACUUGCAGCCUCCAAAGCCCACGCCUUCAGUCGCCAGGACGAGGUCGUGCAAGGGUGCCGCUAGGGCCAAGCCGGAGACUGGGAAAGCAAGCACGACCGGAGAACCCGUCAGAGAUGCAUCACCGUCUCUGGAGGCAGAUAAUGAAGAUAUCGGGGAUCUACUGGAUAUGCAAUUGCAAGCCCCCAUCAACGUGGAAUUGCAAGAGUUGGACGAAACGGUCGAGCCUCUUCCCGCCUAUGCAGAGACGCUUCAGGCGCUGUGUCAGGACGGGUUACAGGGCCAGCUUCGCAUUCUCACCGAUGCCCUGCUCGGCAAGAUAACUGGGAAGAAGCGAAAUCCACUAAAAGGACUUGAGAACGAGUUCGGCAAGGUGCAUCACCUCAUUGAGCAAACUGUCACUGUAGGCGAGGGUAAUUCCAUGCUUCUUCUCGGUUCACGUGGUUGUGGCAAGACUGCGGUUGUGGAAACCAUCAUCUCGUCACUCGCAAAGGAACACGGCAAUGACUUUCACGUCGUCCGGCUGAAUGGCUUUCUUCAUACUGACGAUCGCCUUGCUUUGAGAGAGAUGUGGCGGCAGCUCGGUCGUGAGACGCAUACGGAAGACGACGCUGCCAAGGUCAACUCUUACGCGGACACGAUGGCUACUCUACUGGCGUUGUUGUCGCAUCCAGAAGAGUUAUUUGGUGUCGGAAACGGCGACAAAGUCACUGCUGCCAAAUCUGUCGUGAUUCUCCUGGAUGAGUUUGAUCUGUUCGUGACACAUCCUCGCCAAACAUUGUUAUAUAAUUUGUUCGACAUUGCACAAGCGCGGAAAGCUCCCAUUGCGGUUAUUGGGCUGACUACCAAAGUCGACGUGACGGAGAUGCUGGAGAAGCGUGUCAAGAGCCGGUUUAGCCACCGCUAUGUCUAUAUACCGCAACCGAGGAACUAUGAGACUUUUGCGGAGAUUUGCAUGGCGAGUCUGGAUCUUGAUGAGAACGAAGUUGAAGAACUUGCGGAAAGUCUUGGUUCUGAGCGGUCACUGUUGAACACGCCCGGCUGGAACACACUCCUCCAUGGAUGGAAAGAGUACUUGCAGGGUUUGUCCAACGACACCGAAUUCCAAUACCACCUCAAAAAAAUCUACCACCAAACAAAAUCCGUCAAGGAAUUUCUCACGAGCGCGCUUCUUCCCCUCAGCAACUUGCGCUUGAGUGCCGAAGCCACCCACGAUCCAGGUUUCCAGAUCCCGACGCCGAAAGACUUCAUCACUGAAUCUCUCGUAUGUUCGGAUCCCGCCCCGCUACCAUUUUCCACCUCCACAACGGCAUCAUUCAGCCCUUCCUCCCUUCCACUGGCGCUUCUACUUGCGGCGGCUCGGCUUUCCGCGCUGUUCGACCCCAGUAACGACGGCGUUCCGGGCCAAGUGGUCGGCCCGUUGGCGCUUUCUUUUCCUGCCGCCUACGCCGAGUACGUGCGUCUCCUCACGUCGGCUAAGACGUCAGCAUCAGUAUCCGGUGCGGCAGCUACGCCUGGCCGUGUAUGGGGUCGGGAUGUGGCACGCGAGUCUUGGGAGAAGUUGGUCACCUGGGGUCUGGUCACGCCCGUCGGCAGUGGUAAUGGCACGGCGGACGGCCAGAUGUUCCGUGCAGAGAUUAGUUUUGAGGAAGUUGUGGAGAUGGCCGGCACCGGAAGCUCUUUGGGUCAAUGGUGGAGGGAAUAG